AUGUCACGCACCUCAAUAUUAAUAGGAUGCACCAGCCAUCAGCCUCAAUUUGCAGAUGAAUGUGCAGUAGGUGAAGUGUUCUACCGUGCACCAGUGUAUGAUGUUAUUUUCUCUUGCAUCUCACCUCGUGACCUUGUGCGCCUUGGGUACACCUGUCAUGCAGCAUAUGCUGCCUCCAAGGACUAUUCCCGCCGUGCCUUCCUGAUUAAUCGACAUAUUUCUCGCUUCCUCGAAAAACCUCUCGACUUUCGAAGCUUACAAGCAUGUACCGGGACACUCAUUGCAGGCUCAAAUGCACUGCAGUUUCUAGACCGAACAUUCUAUGUUGAUGCUGACAUGGACCUGUAUGUCCAUCCAGGGCAUGCAAGAGAGGUGUUGGACUACGUUGUUGAAAGGGAGGGCUACACAUUUAAACCACACUCCAGGCAACCUCAGGAUUACCGUACCAUUGUUUCUGAUACAUGGGACAAUACUCAAACAGGCCGGUGCUAUUCAAUCAAAGGGGUCAAGUCUGUAUUCUCACUUGAGAAACAUGGCUCCAAUGGCUUUUUGAAGAUCCAAGUUAUAGAAUGCGCCACCAGCCCGUUUGACACCAUCAUCAAUUUCCAUUCCACCUGUGUCAUGAACUUUAUAGCCUUUGAUGCGGCUUAUUCAUUGUAUCCAAUAGCUACAUUUGAAGACAGGAGCACUCUUCAAGUGUGGAGGGAAAGGCCACUACAUGACCUCACUGUCCCAAUCAAAUAUGGCCAACGUGGCUUUCAAUGGUUUUCCACCCUACCUGGCAAUAUGACCUCCCAGUCCUUCUAUCCUCACAGAAUCCGUACUGUUGGUGAUCAAUAUACUUGGAGGCUGGCUUUGGAUAUGCAGGGAGUUGAGUUGCGUCCUCAGAUGAGCCUCUCUUCAACCCCUUUCCAGUUUGACCCAGUUACCUGCAAUGGCUGGUCACUGCUAGAACGAGAUGAAGAGAUGGCAACCGUCUAUGAGCCAAUCCAAUCAUCAAUAUUUCGGUAUAACUACACGACUGCCAAUGCAAUACUGCACUUGGACCUAUACCGGUUUAUGUUGGAACAGUGCUUCCUGCGUCGCACAUCACUGCAACUUGAAGGAACAGAUCUGCUGGAGCAAGCGAAGCAGACAUGGUAUGUCAUCACUACUACAUCAUUGCUUUGUGGCUAA